AUGUGGGCUCGAGACAGCAUCCAGCCGGCGAUGAUCGUCUUCUUAGCCGUCAAUACGCUCUGCGUAGGCUUAAGAGUGUACGUGCGGACGAUGAUUAGCAAGUCCUUCGGAUACGACGACUAUGCCAUGGUCUUGGCUCAUGCUGGGUUUAUCAUUCUCUGCACCUGCACCUUUAUAUCAGUCAAGGCUGGAUAUGGAGAUGAUUCACCCAACCCAGACUAUGAUGUUGUGACCGCCGUCAAGUUCUUCGUUAUUUCGACCAUCGAAUACGUGAUUCUCGUGUUUGUUGCCAAAGUCAGCGUGGCGCUCGUGCUUUAUCGUCUCGCUAGCAGUAACAAUGUGAUUCGAAGAAUAUUGGAAGCGUCGGUCGGUAUCAUGGCGGUAUGGACAACAGUAACGAGCGUAAUGGUUGGACUGCAGUGCCGGCCUUUAUCCCUUGCUUGGGGAGUGGGUGAAGGGACUUGUAUGUCGGCCAAGACGUUGGGAAAUGUCGGAUAUGCCAUUUCGUCCAUGGACAUCGCGUCUAGCUUUCUUUACGCUGUUAGUACAAUGGUGUUUCUUGCUCUCGGGAGUCGUCAGAUGAUGUUAACAAUUACCUUUGCAGAUUAUUCCAGUCUUCCUACUACGAGGCGUUCAGCUAAGCCCAAAGAUGAAGGCAUCGGUAAUAUUCCUUCUCGGAAUGGGAGUAGUGUGACUAGGAGCUCCAUUGCAACCGUCCUGCGGCUGAAAUAUCUGCUCGACGUCGCCAACAUGAAGUCCCCAACUGGUGUCGAAGCUGCCAACGCUUACCUUGUAACAUUUGUUUUUUCGAUCACUGAGCUGGGACUUACCAUCUUCACUGCCUCCCUUGCCGCGUUGCGACCUCUGCUGAAGUUCAUUCCAUGGGGUUCGAUCGGGUCGCAGGGUCGUUCUUAUAAAAAGAGCGCCAAUUCACGGAUUGAAAUGGGCCCGAACAUCAAGCUUAGUGAUAUCCAGGACACACAACAAAACACAAGCGAGGAGCACAUCGUUCCUCAGGACAAGUUCGCCAAGGGCCCAAAAUACACUGUCACCGACGUUGAG